AUGUAUGCAGCUUUAACAAUGAUUUAUUUUAAUCGUUCUGCAUAUCAAGCAGCGCUAGUAUCGUAAUAAGUGCUGAAUAAUAUUGUUUCAUGUGAGUAAAGCUUGGAAAUUGAAUUAUUUAAAUUUAAUUUAGCCAUUAUCGUAAAGUCAGUUUAAAAAAUUUCCAUUUGAACCAUUAUUUGAAAAAGGUGUUCACAAGGAUACAAUUUUAAUAUUGCCACAACUCCUAUGAGAUCUUAAUAGCAUCAGUGUGUGAUGAUAAGAAUAUAAAAUUUUGGAAUUAUUCUAAUGAUUUUAAAGAAAUGUUCUCACAUCAAUUCCACGAAACUGCAUUACGAAUGGCUAUUCAUCCAUUAAGUUAUUAAUGCGCAAUUGAAUUUAAGGAUGGGUAAUUAAAUAAAUAUUCAUUAUAUAUAGGCUUCGAUUCUAUUUUAUCCUAGAUGAUGAUCUUACAUUAGUCCAUAAUGAGGCUACUAAAGUUUGUAAUGCACUUACAUAUAGUGAAGGAGGUCAAAUUUUAGCAGCUGUUAAUGGUAAUCAAAUUUAUUUGUAUAACCCAUUAACAUAUAAAAUGAUUAAUGUCUUGCCUAAUCACUAAACAAAUCUAAAGGAUCUAUUAUUUAUUGAUAAAGUAUUAAAAUUAAUUAAAUAUAUUUCAGGACAAUCUGUUAAUUUCAUAAGAAAUUUACUUUCUGGAGAAAGAAUCUUAGAACAUGCCUAAAAGCAAAACAAGUAUCAAAGUUUAUGUUAUGACUUUGAAUACGAUCUUGUUAUUGGUGUUUCAUAAUAGAAAUUAAAGGUUUAUCAUUAGAAGGGUUAGAACAUGGUCUUAGAAGUUGAUACAUCUUUAGUUAUCUAAUAAGUUCAUCUAUUGAUGGUAGUAUCUUUUUUAGUAAAAUCAAAUAGUUCAUUAAUGGAGAAGAAGUAAUAAUUAAUAUCUAAUUAAAACUAGAUUACAUAAUUGGAUCUGAUAACUAGAGGUGAUAUAGAAAACAAGAUUACUAAUACUUUCGCACUUAAUAGUUUGUGUUUAUGUUCAACAACAGCUUAAGAAAUAAGGUAGGAGCAGCUUAAAGAAUUAGAAUAUCGAUUGUAAAAUUUUAAGAGUGAUAUUGAUGACGCUAAGGAAGUUUAAUUGAAUAAUAAUGACUAUAAACUAAAAAAAAUACGUGAUGAACAUACAAAAGAGAUUCAAAAAGUCUAAGAUUAAUUAUCCUAAACAAUUUAAUAAUCAGAUGCCAAGAACAACAAGAUUAAAGAGGAUAAAAAAAAUUUAAUUGCAACUUCUAAGAAAACUAUUGAGGAAAUGAAUGAAUAAAAUUCAAAGAAAUUAUUGUAGAUUUAUGAUAUAAGAGACAAAUUAAAUGAGAAAUUAUAAAGUAUUAUUAAACAGCAAGAUGAAGAAAGACGAUUAGUUAAUUAAGAAUAUUAAUAAUCAAUUUCUUAGGUUGAUGAUGAAUACUGCUAAAAAUAUUAAGAUUUAUUCAAUAGAUUCAGUUAAGCUAUGUCCAAUAUGAAGUUGGAUCAAAGAAAAUUCAAAGAAGUUUUGCAGUAAAGUGAGAAAGAUUAUGAAACAUUUUACAAAGAAUCAUAACAAUCCUUAAAAGCAAAAUUAGAAGAAUUUAAUACUCAAACAGAAAUAUUGAGAUCUAGUAUUUCCAGAUUUAAAAAAGAAAUUGUUAGAUAUUAAAAUAGAAAAGAGAUUUUACAUAAUUUAAAAAAAGGUAGAGAAUUAAUAAAAUAAAAUAGAAACUGAGGAAUCUUUGUAAAGUUUACGUUAAGAAUUGAAAGGGUAUGAAGAAAAACACAAAAUGAUGUUAGCAGAUUUAAGAGAGAAAGAAAAAUUAAUAAAUUAAAGGGAACAACAAAUAAAAGAUUUUAGAAUGAAAAAUGUUCAUUUAUAAAAUUUCUAAAAAGUGUAUGAUUAUAGAGUAAAUACUCUUAAGGACGAAAGAGAGCCUUUGAUGGAUCAUCUAAAAAAUAUGGAAGUAAUUAUUCAUAAUAUUUAUCCAGAAACAUGUUAAGAACCUUUAUAAUGAAUUGAUAGAAGAAUCAGGAUUAAAGCAAUCUAGAAUUGAAGAAGAAAGAAAAUUAAUUACAGAUUUAAAUAUAUUUAAAAACCAACUAAAGUCUGCCUUAACUGUCUUAUCUUUAUCAAAAAGAAAUAUGGAGAACUUUAAGUCUUCUAUAUAAACAUUGAUUAAUAGCGAUACUGGAGAUUGGCCAGAAAAAUUAGAGGAACUGUAUCAUAUGGUGUAAAACGAGAAUAGUAAGGCAAUCACUAUUAAAAAUCCUGUGUUUUAGGAAACUUUAAAGGAUAUGUAAAAGGAUCCUCUUUAAUAACAGAUUGAUCAAAGUUAACAAAAUGCUAUUUAUAAGGCAUUAUCAAGUCAGAAAUAAUAUCUACAAUAAAGUCUCUCUGAAGUUGAGGCUUCAGUAAAAUAUUAACUUGGCUAAAGAGAAGUAGCUUAUGACACAAUUUAAGACUAAAACAAACAUCUCAUAAAACAAUGCAAAGAAUUGAGGGAAAAGAAAUAGGAACUGAAAUCGUAAUUAGAUAGCAUGAACAAAGAAUAUAGAGAGAAGAAGAGAGAAUUAAAUAAUUAGGGCAUUGAAAUUCCAGAAGAAAAUGAAGAUGAUAAUUAAUUUGCCAGAACUUAUGCCACAACUUUUACAUCAAUUACAAGAACACCUGGAACAAAGUCUUAGUAAAAUUUUAGAACUAAAAUUAUUAGAAAUAUAGGAUGA